AUGUCCGGCAGGCUGUCGCGCCUCGUAUCUUCCCGGCGGUGGUCUCCCUUUUCAUGGGUGGGGGAGAAGAGGGAGGAAAUGUGUUUCGCUGCGUUUUAUAAUGCACACGUGCACAUGCAUGUUGGACACGGUACGACAGAGUACACUUACGAUACAAGACACGAAAGUACGGUUCCAGGACAGUUUAGGCUUUGUGACUGUGGAGCGGUUGAAGAUGAGUUGCAUGUUUUCGAUGGACGUCCCGCUUACAAGAGCAUACGGGCUAAGUAUGAUGGUGAUCUAGUCAUUAAGGGGCGCAGCAUGCGACUGAGGCGCCACCCCUGGCAUUGGCCAGCUUUAACGGACACACCCGCACUUGUGUGCAAGGAACUUGUAACUUGUAUCACGAAACCGAAGCGCUGUGGCGACACGGCACAACCGAACAUAAAUCCCAACCCCGUACACUCGCAGCCAGGUCCCGCUGCGGCGGGCCCGCCCUCCGCAGCCCCAAUCGCCCAAGGCCCCUUAGCUGCUGCGCUAAACCGCAAUCGCAGCCUCAUGCUCGCGGCCGCCUCCGUAGCAGCUGCGGCCACGACAACAGCUGCAGCCACGUCAGCAAGCGGGCCGCCAGCCGUUGGAAUCGGAUUUGGAACUGGCGGCGUGAACGGCGGCAUCAACGGUGGCGUCAAUGGUGGCGGCAGGGGUACUCCCCUCGCCUCCUUUGCGCCCCUAUCCUCCAAAAUGGCCCGCGCACCUCCUCCACCUCAACCGGCCGCACCUCAGCUUCAGCCCCAAUACCAGGGGGGCCUCCAACCUCAAGAUCUCCUGCCACAACCCCAGCUUUCAACUGCCCCGGCUCCGGAACCCGCUCCUCCCGAGAUGACGGCGGUAUUCUCGCCGCUGCAGGCGAACCUGAUGAACAACGCUAGGGCCAGCAUGCAGCGGCAGCACCAGGUGAUGCCGAGUACGGCAAGUGGGCGUUACGGGCCGCUAGGGCCGUCCAGGAUGGCCGGCGGCGGUGGUAACGCAUUAGCGGCGGCUGUAGCACCACUGAGUGCGGGCCUAGCGGCAAGGAGGAGUACGGCAGAGCCGCUGGCAGCGGCGACGGCGGCGGAGCCACCUUUGCUUGCGUUGGCGACGCCGCUGAACGCGGGAAUUGCGGCUAGGCAGAGUACGGCGGAUCCUUUGACGGAAGCGCUGCCGCAGGAGCAAGAUGCGCAGCAGCGGAAGCAGCGGAAGCAGCUCGCGGCGUACAAGAUGCCUGGAUGGAUGCGGCGGGAGGUACAGCCGCGGCUGGCAGCGGAGGCGGGGUGUACGGCAACGGCGGCGGAGGCUGAGGUUGAGGGGCCGCGGCUGCCUCCGCCGGUGGCGGUAGCUGCACCGAAGGCGACGGCCACCGAUUCCGCGACGGCGCAGGAGCGGAUUCCUGAAGUGGUGACGCCGCUGGCGGCAGGGGAACACCCCUCUGCGUGGUGGCAGGAGCAACAGCAGCAGGUCCUGUCCUGUCAGCGGCGCGGCGGCGGCGAUGGGGCGAGCAGCAGCGGCGGCGGCGAAUCGUGGUCGGACGACGACGGCGGUCGGGCAGCUUGCGCGAAUCCGCAGCGCGGCGGGAGCUGCCGGUCGGCGGCGGCGGCGGCGGUGCUGCCGCCGCCGGUGCCGCUGGUGGCUCCCGGCGUCGUGGCGGGCGCGAUUAGGUCCCUCCGCGGCGGCAGCCGCCCGGGGGGUGCCAGCUGGGGGAGCAAUACCGCCGACGGGGCCAGCGUUAGCGAGGAAAGUACGACAGACACAGUUGUCGUACGAGGUUCUGUCGCGGCGGCGGCGGCGGUCUUUUCGGCAGCCCCCGAACCUAGUACGACAGGCCGUUGCAAUCAAGCAGCGACGGCAGCGAUAUCGGCGUCGACGUCGGCACCGACAAUUCGUCGGUCUACCGCGCAAUGGCCGCCGCCGCCGGCGUCGGCGUCGGCGCCGGCGGAAGGGGAAGACGCUGACGUGCAUCCUUCGUGGGACUAUUCAGAUAGCCGCCACGGCAAAGGUCAUCGGUCCCCGUCGAGGGCUAGAUGCAGCAGCGGCAGUGACGUCAACAGCGGCGAUCUCGGGUCUUGCGCUAAGGCGGCGCUCGAUCAACUCAUGGCGCGAUUUGCAUCUCGGGAUCCGUUGGAGGAUAGCGUUGAAUCGCACCCGCUAACCGCUAACUGUCAGCCUAGCGGCGCUGGUGCUGGCGGCGGCAGCGGCGGCGGCGGUGGCGGUGGUGGCGGCUGGAUGGCUGGAAUUUGGCCUUUUGCCUCGCCAUCGCCGUCGAAGCGUAAUCCGCCGGCGACGGCGGCGGCGGCGACGGCGACUGCAACUGCGGCGAAGUGUACGGCGCCGACGACAUCCAGUGGCGGAGCGGUUGGCGGCGGAGGCGGGGACGUUUAUGAUGAUGUUCAGGAGCCCCAGCCUAGCAUAACACCGCUGGGCAUCUUGUCUGCCGUACAGCAGCAUCGCCUUCGCGCGGCGCCAUGGGCUGAGACCAGCGUUACGGCCGACGGCGGCGGCGGCGAGGGCGGCGGGGGAGGUAGCGAUGAAUUCCAGUCAGCUGAGGAAGACAGCAGCGAAGGUAAUAUGGCGGGAGCAUCAUCAGCGGACGUAAAACCCAGCGAGAUGAACGGACGAGGUGUUGUACAACCCAUACUGCUGCCACCGUCGUUGCAGGCGCCUGUGCCCAACGCCGAAGCAAAAAGUGCGGGCCCGCUGCCGCCGCCACCGCCAGGUCCGCCGCCACCGCUGCCACCACCAUUAAGUAUCAGCGCCGGAAGGCCCGCUGCAGCCGGUCGGGGAACCCCGCUGCCGCCGCCGCCGCCGCCAGCAAACCGUGCUGCUGCCGCCGCCGCCGCUGGCGGCGGCGGCGGCGGCAUGGACGCUGUCCUGGGCGCCAUUCGUUCUCGCGCCUUCCAUCUGCGCUCCCGAUCCAAGUCUGCGGCUGGGCCGGGCCGCAAGGGCAAGCAGCUCGCCGACGAUGCUGCCGAAGCGGCGAGGUCGCACGCCCUGAGCCACAACCCGCAAGUAGGUCUUAUUUAG